AUGAACCCGUCAUCGCUGCUCUUCCGCCGCUGCGUCGGGAGAGCAUCAGCGCCGACCAGAGCCUCCCAGCGACGAUGGGCUCAAGUCCACGAUGUGCGCUUCUACGCCGCCCACCAGAACCCUUCGAAAGUCCAGGACAAAUACAGACAAAAGCUGGAUCAGAAGGCUAGGGAGAAGGGGCUGAAAGAUGCCGAAGAGCUGCGAAGUGCGUACGCGGAUAAGAUCAACGAGUUCAAGAAGAAGGCUGUGGUGCCUGGUGUCAAUGCUCCCCUCAGCGAACAACAGCCACCUCGACCUGAGAAUGCGGCCGAAACGAUCCCCUUCCAACCGCCUCCACCGCCGCAGCCUACGCAAAUACCGCAGAUCCCCAAGAGUGAUCCACCCGUAAAGACCCUGUCGAGCUUCAUCGACGUCGAGAAAACCGCCGAACUUCCCCAGAAAGAAAUGGAAACAAUUUGGCGGCUACGACACGUACGAGAUGGACAAAGCCUGUGUGCAGUCAUGCAAACAGAAACCUUCCGCCGAAUAGCAGCGACAGCGAAGAAACAUCCACAGUUCAUCCUGCCCCUCCCACGAGAAGGCCAAGGCGCAGAAAUCCACUUCCUGCAAUGGACAUUCCCCUCACCAACAACCGCCACAGUCCUCUUCACGCACCUCGCAGAGUUCAAACUCCGCGGCGAGUACGCGCAGCCGCACACGACAAUCACACACCACUUAGAUCUGGCGGAUGAGAAGGGAUUGGUGCUGUUGGAGGGCAGGGUGAUGGAGAAUAAAGGGAUUUCGGUGGACGAGGGGAAGUUUUUGCUCAUGACGCUGCAAAAGUUCUAUGGGUUUGAGGCGCAUACGGAUUCGGCCAAGGCGAAUGCUUCGAAUCGGAGGAAACUUAUGGAGCAGUUCAGUGGUGGGGAUGAGAAUUUCAAGGUGGAGGAGUUGCUUGAGGAGGCGGAGAAGGUGCCGUGA